UCGUAUUGUGUCUUUUCUCUUACUUCUGUACAUGUUGUGGGAUUUUGAUACAUGGACCCUCUAACUCAUCGCAUGCAAACGGGAUUACUUCUCAUGAAAGUAGCACAGACUAUUCAUCAACUCAACAAAAGUUAGAACAAGAAGUGACUGAACUCCAAAAUAUAGUUGCUAAAUUGUCGGCAAAAAUAUCAGCUGUGGAACAGAAUAAUAUUGAAAUGCAAUCCUUGAAGGCACAACAAAACGAGUCAAUCAAAAAAUUGUCCGAUUUGGAAAAAGAAAAUAUAGAUAUGUGAUAAAUGCGUCGAAGCAGAUUAUUCAGCAUCUCAACCGUAGUUUUACGUUACAACAAUAUGAAAGUAGAAUGUUAGCAAUACAACUUGCCUCCAUGGAAUCUGACUUGAGAACAUUGAAUAACGCGUCAAAUAAAACGAAUAACGAUGUGUCAAAUUUAUCCAACAUAACAUUAGAUAUCAGGCACACAUUGGGGGAAAAUAAUGAACAGGGUCAAAACAGUACGGGACGUCUGAUCGAAAUCGAACGCAUCAUGAAUAAAACGAACAAUGAUGUGUCAAAUCUAUUCCACAUAACAUUGGAUAUCAAGCACACAUUAGGGAGAAAUAAUGAGCAGGAUCAAAACAGUACGGGACGUCUGAACGAAAUUGAACGUGUCAUGAAUUAUCUGAAAGCUCAACUUCGGUCUUCUGCUGUAUCGUUUAUUGACAUGGAGAGGAGAACAGACCAGAUGAACAGUUCCAUGGUAUUACUGAAUACAACACUUCUAAAUUUCCAGAAAGAAUAUUCCGUAAAAGUGGCCUUUACUGCAGGAAUGCCGUCAUCCAGCAGCACCUUUUCAGGCGGAACGUUGGUGUUUCCUUCCGUCAUCACCAACAUUGGAGGCGGGUAUAACCCAAGCACCGGGAUAUUUUCAGCUCCCAAUGACGGUCUCUACGUGUUUUAUGUCAGUGGUCUUGAAAGUGGUUCAAGACAUCUUGGAUUAGACAUACAUGUAGUUUUGAACGGAGUAUCUAAGGUUAGAUUAGUCGAUGAUAGGGUAGCGUCUUACCAGACAGUCACCAACAUGGUGGUGUUGAAUCUCCAGCAGGGUAACAGAGUGUGGGUGAAACAUAUGAAUGCUAACGGUUAUUAUUCUGAAAGUGUGCCUAUUACGACAUUCUCUGGCUUUCAGAUACACGUAUAACUGUUUAACAUAGAUGCUAUCAGCAAAUAACUUAGUAGCAAAUGUUAAUUUGACAAUGUACCCUUUUCUGACUUUUUCCAAGUUGUACAUAUGUUUGGGUCUAUUUUUUAUAUGCCAAAUAUGCGAUAAUUUGUCACUAGUCAUAAUAUGUCAGAUGACACAUUUUUUGUUCUCAGGUGCUAAUUUUGAGAUGUGACAAUUUGUCAUUAUACAUUGUCUGUACAUUUUACUUGUAUGUAACUUUUA